AAGUAAUGUUGGUCACAUUGUCGUUAGCUAUAUUAAGGUGUAGUCUUGUGUCUGAUGUGUUAUUAAACGUGUUUGUUUACAUUGUUUUUGUAACGAAGAAUAAUUUUAUCUUAACAAAAUGACUAUGGCUAUGUUACAACGUCGAGCCAAUGUAAGGCUUCCACCAGAAGUAAAUCGAGUUUUAUAUAUUAGAAAUUUACCUUACAAGAUUACAGCAGAGGAAAUGUAUGAUAUCUUUGGUAAAUAUGGGGCAAUUAGACAAAUCAGAGUUGGUAAUACAGCUGAAACUAGAGGAACUGCAUUUGUCGUUUAUGAAGAUAUCUUUGAUGCUAAAAAUGCAUGUGACCAUCUCAGCGGUUUCAAUGUGUGUAAUCGUUAUCUAGUGGUCCUCUAUUAUCAAAGUAAUAAAGCGUUCAAGCGAGUCGACGUUGACAAGAAGAUGGAAGAAAUAGAUAAAUUAAAGACAAAGUAUAAUUUGAAUGAAGAGAAGAAAUAACUAUAAGAUUUAAUCUCUAUGUACGAUUAAAUAUAGUAUUCACUCUGCAAUUAUUUUUUUUUGACUGGAACAUUACAAAGAAAAAGUUCCAUGUAUGUAAAUAUAAGUUUCAUAAGAUUUAAAUUGUAAGGUUUACCCCAUAAUAUAAUAUUUAAAGAAAAAUAAUUACAAAUGAUGUAAAUAAAGGAUUCUAUAUUAUCUUUCUAAGAUCUAAAAAAUGAAUGUCUGAAAAUGAAUUUGUUUAAAAUAUUUGUAUAUUAAAAACAAAUAGUUUAAUUAUCAAUUUUUAAAAAGACAAAUCCCGAGCUAUAAUUUAUACUACUUUUACAAUUCGUCGUGGAAUGGAAUAUAUAUAUAUAUAUGUACAUGUAUAUGUAUAUAUAUAUAUGUAUAUAUAUAUAUGUAUAUAUAUAUAUAUCAUGAUUAUAUAUAUCUAACUGUGGUUUUCAAAUGUUUAGAAUCUUUUCUUAUUUAAAUAUUUUCUCAGCAGACAAUAUGAUUGACACGGUAAAGCAAACUGUGAAUAACGCGUUAGAUAAAAAGUAAAUUUGUAAGAGCGGCAUAGCCUCGUAUUUCUAAUGUAUAUGUAAAUAUCAUGAAAAUAAUAAUAGACAAAUGGCCAUGA